AUGCUGAUGCUGCUGAUGCUGCUGCUGCUGAUGCUGCUGCUGCUGAUGCUCUCAAGACGCCAGCCAGUCAAAGCAAUAUGCCAGCCACUCCGCCAGCCAGCAACGUCAAGUCCCGGCCACACCGCUGCAUCUAGAAAUGCUCCGAUUCAUCAGUGUGCAGAGUCUCCCCCCCCUCGUGCUAAGGUAUACAAGCACGAUGACCGGUAUAUUCACGACAUUGACAUUGCGGCAAAGGCCCGCGGAUAA